GGCUACAGUAGUCUGAGAUUCCGUCCAAUCAGACAUCUGAGUUCACCGGUUGAGGAUCUGGAGAUGUGUAAAGUGGUGGGAGUGAGCGAUAAGGUCCUAAUUGUCCAAAGCAUGGUAAACAAGGAGACAUUUGUUGURAAGAAAUUAGUCAAAUGCUUCUCAGCAUUGCAAUUCUUUCCCCCAUUUUCUAUAAUUAAAGAAAGUAUAAUUUUUUUUGUAAAUGCUUUUUUUCCCCAGAGCCUGGUCAAAUCAAGCUGGGAAAGCAGAGAUCAGACAACUGUYAUUCCCCAAGGAGUGCCAUGCAUGGUUAAGCUUCUAAGAUAUUAUGUCAGUGAGGAUGCUGUGUACCUCCAUCUGGAACACGUGAAGGGUGGGAGGCUCUUCUCCAAGUUGCAUAAACUGAAAAAUGAGAAAGCCAAAGAACACCCGGAUUGCUUCACUUCUAGCCAACACAGCARCAAGAUGAAGACCAGCCACACCUCACCCACAAUCAACACAGACUACCAGCACAGCAGCAGGAGCACAGCGGUGAUYCCACACAAACUGACUGAUGAGAGCCCAGAUACCGACUUUCCAACCUCAUGGGAUGAGACUCAGCAGCGCCUGGAAAGCUGCGGGACUCACUCCUACAUAGAGGAGACGGGUUGUUUGCGGAACACGCGCUCCGCGGCGGCAUUUUACACCAAGCUGGAUCAGUUAACCCUGCUCUCCGGCCUUACUCGGACACAGGUUACCACCCACAUCCACCCACCAGCACCCAGUUUGUGUUUGCACUCCAGCGAAACUCAGGACAGGCCCGCUCUUCCUCUGCCUUGCACACGUGUCAGUCAAACGCUUGACGUUGUGUCAGAGCUCCACAAAAAAACGGCAGGGAUGGGGCUGAUAGAGUGCAGUUCAGACUUUGAAGCAGCUUGGAAAGCGGCAGAUCCAUCCCACGACUGUGAGAGGAUAAACCCCUAUGCAGUGACUGACAGUCAUUUACCAAGAACACUCGGAGAAACUGCACCUCAGACAAAUCAGACCUCAUUCAAAAAAACUGGCUCACCUAAAAGUCAAAGUAAGGUUUUAAGUUCUUCUCCUGCCAUUUUGCAUCUUCCUCUCCAUUGCCAAACCCAAAUCCAUGGCAGGGCAUCGUGGGAUACGAAUGGCCCUCAUCAGGGAUCUUUUAUAAAUGGUAACUCUGCAGAAGUAAACACAGACUUGAAGCUAGGCGGCAGCAGCCCUACUGUUGAGGAAAAAAAUGGAAUGAUAGUCAUCAGGAGCACAGACAGAGCAGUGUUUUCUGACCACAUGGAUACAAAAAUCGCUUCUCUGACAUCUGCUGCUUCCAUUCACCAAAACAGCGCAGAAAAACAGGGGACGUUUUCAGGGGUAACAGGCUUCAGCGGAGAAAAAGAAGAUGCAGAAACAGCUUGUGAGGUUAUGAACUCUAGAGAAAAGAAGCCAGCCCCAAAAGCCGCAUCAUAUGUAAGUUGGUUUUCCUCUGGAGCCCCUGAAGCCUCAACUCAAACGAGUAAAAAGGAGGUGGAGGGUUUCCAUAAACCACAAGGAGCAGAGAGGCAGGAAGAAGACCAGAUCAUUGAGGUCGAUGGCUGGUGUCAUCUGCCUCGGUUCCCUGCCCAGGCCCCAAAACCUGCAAAUAAGGCCGUGCAGGCCUGCUGGGGACUUCCAGAAGCAGAGGUGCGUGUGUGGGGGGCACAGAUUCUGUUGGCCCUGGAGAGUCUGCAUCAAGAAGGCAUCCUGUGUCGGGAUCUCAACCCGAGGAACAUUCUGCUCACUAGCAACGGAAAGGUGUGUUUGACCUUUUUCAGCCAAUGGAGUGAGGUUCAGUCAGAGAUCAGCUCCAAAGCCAUGGAACAGAUGUACUGUGCUCCAGAAAUUGGGGGAGUCUCCAGGAUUACAGAAGCCUGUGACUGGUGGAGUCUUGGGGCUCUGCUGUUCGAACUCUUAACAGGAAUGCCACUGUGGCAGCUCCAUCCAGCAGGGAUCCACUCCCACACCCAGCUGGUGAUCCCGGACCACCUGAGUGCUGCAGCUGCAUCUCUGCUCACAGAGCUGCUUCAGUUUGAUGCCGGUUAUCGUUUGGGUUCUGGAGGCGGAGGAGUGAGCGACAUCAAGUGUCACCCCUUCUUCAGCAGCAUCUCCUGGAAAGCUCUGUCCUGCUAGCAGAAGUGGUUGGAGCACAUCUCUCCUGGAUGUAGCACUGAUUUCAGCUGCAUUUUGUGCUUCCCAAAGAAAAGGUUUUUACAGCAACUGAAUAAAGUUGUGAAACAUGCUCCA